AUGGUGUUCGAUGUGAUUCUACAGAUUGCGAUAUUCGUGAUCUUAGCGUUAACGUUCCUCUUCUCCCAAAACAUCCCCCAAAAGCUCCUGUCCAAGCUCCGCCUCUUCCGCCGCCGUUCCCAGCUCCAAGCCAAGCGCCACUUCGUCGUCGCCGCCCAGCUCCUCUCCGAGGCCACCUCCGCCGCCGACGCCCGCCGCGCCGAGACCGAGGCCGACCGAGCCAUCGCCCUCGACCCCACCGACGCCGCCUCGCACAUCCUCAAGGCGCUGGCCCUCGAGAAGCAAGGCUUCCGGACCUCCGCCCUGGCCUCGAUCGACACCGCGCUGUCGCCGCUCGCCGCGAAGACGCUGACCGACGCCGAGAGGAGCGAUGCGCUGCUCAAGCGGGCGGCGCUGGCUGACGGAAUUGGGGGAUAA